AUGCGUUGGGCUAUUCUUAGAGACUCUAGCUGGUUCUCUCCUAGUGAUAUGGCAAGAAUUAUAGUUGUUUGCACCAUAAUUCACAACUUCAUCAAGAAGGAGGGAGGAGCUGACAGAUUUGAGAGGGAGUACCAAGAUGUUGAGCAAGUUGACGAAGAACAAUAUGAUCCGGAUGAGGUUGAGACCAUUGCCGCCGAUGAUGUUCAUUCUUGCCCUCCUUGGACUCAUUUCAGAGAUGAUUUAGCGAAGGAAAUGUGGGAAAAGUGGCCUUACAAGCCAGUUGUUCCAACAGUACCAUCUGUUUGA